GCAAAAUUCCCCCGUCGGUUUGGGAAUUUCGCCACCAUGGACAACUCGAAUUCGACAUUCAAGAUCGACCACCCCGACGUGACGACGCUACAAACCGACGACCAUGCCAACAACCACACGGUAAAGCCCGAGUCCAGCGAUGGUGACGCCACGUCCCAGAGCGGCCGCAGUGGCAAGAAACGUGGGCCGUACCGGACCAAGGACGUAAUUGCUGAAGAACGGGCCAAACUCGAGGCCGCCCGCAACAUGAAGCGCAUGAAGCGAAUGAUGGAAGCAAAAGCCAAGGACGAGAAACGCAGGCUUCGUGAACUGCGACGACAAGCGAAAGCUUCCCUCGAUCCAUCCGUCAAGCGCUCCAAGAGCCUGUGGAGCCCCGAAGCAACGCAAGCUUGCGUACAUGUGUCGUUGGCGAUUCGAAAACAAUACGACGCCAUUCGAGACGAGCGACCACGAUGGCAACCAUUCUAUCUCGAUCACCUCCAUCAACACGACGAACCCGCCCUGGCCCUGUGGAAACCCGACGAAAUUCGCCGACAUUUGGACGAGCUGUUGUUUCAGUUUCAGCACGAGCGCGAGCAUUUGCGUGUGGGCCUCGAACCUCAAGUAUUUGAUGAUAUUGCCGAGCUAGCGGAGCUUGGGCUCACUCCGAUCCGUCCCCCUGGGUUCUUGGACGAAGUGGGAUUGGACCCGACUUCGUUUAUCAUUGAAGACACCAAGAAGUAUGACUUGAAGGACAUGACGUUGGCGGAAUCAAAUCAAGCGAUCAUGUCGUUCCUGGCAGAGCAAAGCCGACUCGCGCAGCAGAAUCAAAUGUUGUUCAUGCAACAGAUGCAACAACUGCAACAGCAUCAAGCCCAGCAAUCGGCGCUUUUGCUUUCAGCGCUCGAGUCCCUUGGUGCUUCGCGAAAAGCAACGUCUAGCCCUCACAGUGGUGGCAGCGAAGUCCAGCGGGUGUCGCCCAACACGAUCAUUUAAGACCUCGCCUAAGAAGCGACGUGAAUGUGUUUCGUUGUCGGUUGUUGCACGCCGCAUUUGCCCCAUUGCAAGAAAUUGUGUAUUUAAUUACAUGGAUGAACUUGCUUUCGGUAAGAGAAUUUAACAAAACGGAAAUAAUUGCCCAUA